CAUUGAGCAAGGCAUGCGAGACACGGCGCGAUGGCAUUCCGGUAUUCUUUUUCUGCUUCUGCUGCUUGCAGUUGCAGCAAUUCUGAAAUGGUGGAUGGACAUUUUGCCUUUGGCGUCCUCCCAUUUGACCAUUCCAUCCAUGGAUUCCAACGAACCGAAUUCUGAACUCGAACUCGGGCUCGGCCAAGUGACUGCCCUGGAUGGGGACGUCAGCAUGCUGGAGAGUCUGCUGCAGGCUGCUGAGCCCUUCGUGCUGGUGCUGCAGGCCAACUUGCAGGGAGGCACAGCAACUUUUUUGAAGUCCGUGUUGAAUAGCGACUGCGUGGUGGUGAUGCCCGUCCUGAAGGCCCCCAUCGUGUCGCACUACAGCCUGGCGCCCACGACCGACAGCCUCAAGGUGAAGGUGGGUAGUUUUACCGCCAACUGGGCGUCCAGUGAGCUGCUCCUCGCAUUGAGCAGGUGCAAAUUUAGCAAGGUCUUCAUCAACCACCCGCUUGGGUUCUCGCACAGUUUCAUGACAGGUUUGUUUGCUAUGCAGAAGCGAUUCAUCUCCAUGACGCAUGACUACGUGUGGGUCUUCGACAAGGUUCAACCCACUUUUUCGGAUUUGCGGACAGCAGAGGGAGCGAGAAGGAAUUAUGCAUUCAAAGAGCUGCUUCCCAAACUUGAGAUGAAGGCGCAGACCACGGCCACUAGCCAGAAUUUUGCACUCUUUGAUCACUUCAAGUCGCUUCAAGCUGUCCCCAUGCCGGAUUAUCACCUGAGCGAAGGCCAACCGACUGCUGCGUCAAAAGAUCUUGUGAUUGGAGUGAUUGGGGAUGUGUCUUGGAUCAAGGGGUUGGAGGCUGUUCUGCAUUUGUCGCGCCUCAUUCCAGACGGAGGCAAGUGCGAAGACAUGUUUGCUGGUUCUAGCUAUAUUCAGCUUGGUCAAUGGCGAAUCGCUCCAAUUGAUGACUUGCACUUAUCCAUUUCACACCGGAACGGACAAACUCCGUUGAUCUUCAGAUCAGACGGCACUAUGCACAUUGGUCCUCGAACAGAUUUCAAUGCUUGGACUCGCGAUGGCAUGUGUUCAGAGCUGAUUGUGACUUCUGGGCGUGAUUUUGUGCAGAUAGGGGACUGGCGCAUGGGAACAAUGUCUCAGCAUUUUGUGGUGUCGCACAGAUUGAAUGCUUCACAUCCAAGCAUACUAACAGCCGGAAAAGUGCAGCGCGUAGACAACAACUUUGCGCUCGACAUUUGGGCCUUGCCAACGGAAUCUUCAAACGUUGUUUUUUGGGCUGACUCUAUGCAGAUAGGCUCCUGGUCAUUAUUUCAGACUCCCCAAACUUUGAUCCUGCAUGACGGCUUUGGGGAGGCUUUAAGUUUGAAAGCUGAUGGCACUGCUGCACAGCCUGAUGCUCUUGGCCAUUCUAAGCGGCAACCAGAUCAGCAGGGCUGCCCAUUCCCAUCUCUUGCACCAUCGCAUCAGGUGAAGGUGGUUGUUUUUGGCAACGUUGCAAGCAUGUGCCAAGCGGGUGGCAACUUUCACAAGCAGGCUUUCGGUAAUAUUCAGGAAUUCAAUGAACUUCUCCUGCGUUUCAGGCCCAACGUGCUUCUCAUACCAGCUAUUUGGCCAGAAACAUAUUCCUACACACUGACACUGGCUAUGCUCACGAACCUUCCUAUCAUUGUACGACAGUCUUUCAUCGACUUCCGAGCAGCGAUAUCUGCCCGUGCACAAGAGUAUCCAAGAGCGCAUUUCCACGACUUCAAUGACAUGAAGGAGGUCUUGGCUUUGGCAAAUCGCGUCAAAGGUGACACAUUCACAAAGGUUAAUUUUGAAUUGGUUGUCCCCCGACAGUGGAAGAAUUUGCUGACCCCAUCGCUGUACAACGUGGUGUUGGUGGCCUCGAAGAUCGUCACAAGUACUCAGCCGCUAUGGUACCACCCGAAGCGAAGCCGCUUUUCACCGCAAGAAAGGUUUGAACAGACAUUAGGCACAAUUUCUUCCAUCCGACAUGCUAUUCCGCGGAGCUUUAUUGUAUUGAUUGACAACAGUCGCCUGGACAAAACCCACCAGAAGCACCUAAAAGGUGUUGUUGACAUUUUCGUCAAUGAUGCGGAGAACCAAGACUUGCGUCAGUGGACAGACAAGUGUGACGCCAAGCAACUAGGCGAGGCCAUGCUUCUUCUUCAGGGAUUGCAUGCUUUGCAAAAAUAUCAGGUCAUGUACGAGCAGCUGUUCAAGCUAACGGGUCGCUAUUUGGUGAAUUCCAAUUUUCAUUUUGAGACAUUUGACAACUCGCACAACAUCUUCAAGCGUGCCGCAAUUGGAAAAUCAGUUGAGCUGCAAAAGCCAUACUAUGCAUAUACGUGCUUUUUCAAUAUUCAUUAUACGCACACGGAGGCUUUUCACACUGCGCUGUCCAGUGUAGUUUCUGAAUUGAAGCAGUUGAUUUCUCAGGGUAUGGCGACCUUUCUUCAUGAUGACAUUGAGUCGCGCCUUUCCCUUAUGCUUCCAGAUGUAGUAUACGUACCUUUGCUUGGGGUCUCGCAGAGGGUGUCCACAUGGGACACACCAGACAGAGACAUAUGACUCCUACGACCCAACACGCCUUUGGCAGAGCAGAUCGCAUCAAUCCAUAGUCGGGGAGAUCAGUGUUGGGCAGCUGUGCUAAAAGAUGCACGUGCCGCUGAACAGUUUAGCCAGCCUUGUAAGCCGGGAUGUCUGAUAAUUAGUCCUCCAAAUGCAAUGACCCA